AUGACGUUCCACGAUCAUCACGAGUGGAACAUUAGAACUAAUAAAUCAAAUGGGACUUUGAUUAACCCUAAUCAGAGGGAAAUUGAAAGAUUAGCUGCCUCGUUUUUUGUCACAAAUUUCCCAAAUAAUUUGAAUGAAAGGGAUCUGUGGAAGUUGUUUGAUGAAUAUGCCAAGGUCGCUGACAUAUAUAUUGCCAGGAAGUUGUCCAAGUCAGGGAGAAAGUUUGCGUUUGUGAGAUUUUUGAACAUAAAAGAUGAGAAAAGACUGGAGGUGUCACUUGGUGGGGUCUGGGUAGGCAAUUAUCAUCUGUUUGUUUCGUUCGCAAGAUUCAAGAGAGACCAUAAAAAUAUUCCUAAACCCACCGGAGAUAAUCAAGUUCACGAACCUGGAAAAAAGCGUAAUAACCAUGGAAUUGGGGCUGAAUAG